GUUUCUGCCAAACUGUUUGGACUCUCUGCUUUGAAAUCCAUCUACAGCCUAAGAUAUACAAUAGUACCUGCAGAAUGAUGCAAGGACAGAAACACAACAUGAAAUCCUUCCUCCUUAUGUAUGUGCUGACUUUAUUGACAUUGCAUGCAUCCGAUGGACAGCAGUUAACAGACGAGACCUGUACGGUCCAGAUUCUUGUCCCAGGACUUAAAGGAGAACCAGGAGAGAAAGGACCAAAGGGAUCCCCCGGGAGACCAGGGAGAGUUGGCCCUCCAGGGGAAAUUGGGCAACCUGGGCUUCAAGGACAGAAAGGCAUUAUGGGACGUUACGGAAAGGUGGGCCCAAGUGGAAUGAAAGGGGAAAAAGGAGACAUGGGGGAUCCAGGACCAAAAGGCCAAGAUGGAGAGCCAGGCGUCCCAUGUGAGUGCUCACCUAUACGAAAGAUGAUUGGGGAAAUGGACAACAUUGUGGCCCAGCUAUCUUCUGAAUUGAAGUUCAUCAAAAAUGCACUGCCCUCCCCUGCAGCUGUCGCUGGCAUAAAAGAAAGAGACAGUAAAGUCUAUCUGUUGGUGAAGGAAGAGAAACGAUACACCGAUGCCGAGCUCUACUGCCAGGCGAGGGGAGGGCACCUGGCCAUGCCAAAGGAUGAAGGAGCCAACUCAGCCCUGGCGGAGUACAUUACAGAGGCGGGUCUGGGCAGAGUCUACAUUGGCAUUCACGACCUGGACGUGGAAGGAGUUUUCAUCCAUGUGGAUCGCUCUCCCAUGUCCACAUUCAGCAGAUGGAGAAGUGGGGAGCCCAAUAAUGCUUACGAUGACGAGGACUGUGUUGAGAUGGUGGCCUCGGGCGAGUGGACCGACGUAUCCUGCCACCCGACCAUGUAUUUUGUUUGUGAAUUUGACAAGGACUCUGUAUGAGUUCAGGCUAUAUUGGCUAAAAUGGACAUGACCAAGUUUUCAAUGGCAGACUGAUGCAACAGUCCAAUCACCUUGUAAUAAGGACGCCCAUUUUGAUGCCUGUUCUUUAAACAAAUUAUUAGUUCGUUAACAACCUUUAUGUUACUGAUUAAGUCUACAAGAUUAGAUAAUAGUGACUGUGAGCGACUGCUUGUCAUUUUCCUAUAGACAUAGUAGAAACCCCGUUUCCAUAUGAGUUGGGAAAUUUUGUU